AUGCCGCCAAAGGCGAAAGCAGCUCCGGCAGGGAAAUCAGCAGCCAAGUCUUCCUGGGAAAAUGAGCUUGUGCAGGAGUCGUAUCAAGAGCCGGGAUUCAGCUCCGAAGUUCACCUGAUCCUUGGUGAAGAUCAAGAAACAUCAUUGCAAGUUCAAGAGCGCCUCAAAGAGACCAUCACUAAUCGUCAACGGUUUUCGAUGGUCACUGCUGAGCAAGCGAAUGAACUCGUCUUGGACAAGAAAAACCGCGGCCAAGGAAUGUAUUCGGAAAUACUCGAGCAGUGCAAGGGCGUCGAUGGAGCAGAUAUCACGGAUGUGUCUCAGCUCCAGCCGGGAGUUUUAGCGAAACUAGUGAAAACACUUCUUCUACGCGACAAAGAAGCAGACAUGGUUCGCCGAAAUCUUCGACCUGGAACAGCUGACGAAGGCUCUAAGGGCGGUAAAAGAAAAGGCAGUGCGAAGAAAGGCAGCGCUAGAAAAAAAUCGGCAAAAUCGCCUAAACGAACACCGAGCGCGAAGAAGAAGGCUGGAAAGGGCAAGGGCGCGGAAACCCCAGAAGUUGAGGAAAAGAAAAAGUGGUCUAACCUCAAGAAACGCGGCGAGGUAGAAGAGGAAGAAAUUGUUGUUCCAAAGUACAUUGACGACGAGCCAGAAAAUGGACCAGAUCAUUAUGUUCUGCUUAUUGGCUUCGAAGACCCUUGCCUACCAGCUCUGCUAGCAGAAGCUGGCAUUGAACUUACUUCGAUCAUACAAGUGAGAUCCGAGAAGGGAGCUUCAAAGCCGCAUCUUUUUUGGGAUGAUCUAACAACCAUCUUUCGCCGAGCAGAAGAAAAGGGUAAACUUCUUGACUGCACACGAUGGCAGUUGACUCUCUAUGAUGCGGACGUGGAGGCUGCCAACUUGUACGACGAGAUUGCUUCACUCGCUUACGACCUCAAGGAGAAAUACGCCGCGUACGCAGCGUUCAACGAAAAACUAGAGGUGGUCGAAAUACCGACAGCUAGUGGAGAUGAGCAAAACCGACUUAUGGGCCGGUACAUGUCGAAGACAAAAGAUGUGCCUUUCCUUGGGCAGUCAAUUAACGUACUUGUCCAUGCCAUGCGCGAGUCUGUUUGUAACUCGGUAGAAAGCAUCGAAGCGGUCCCAACAAAAGUCGGAAAUACGGCGCUGACUAAUGCUAUCAACAGUGCUCUUGCGUGCUUUGACCUAAAUGAGGCAGAACUGGACGAAUUAAAGGACGUUUACACACCUGCAAAGCCCGAAAAGAAGCCCGCCGCUCCGAUCAUGAAUCAGUCCGACGAGAUUGGUAUGCGACUUGCCACGCUUGAAACACCAAAACGCCUUGCUCAAAUUGAAAAAGAGAUGCUUCUCUUGUACCCAUUAAAUCUUGUCUAUGGCCUUGACAAUACCAAAGAGCGUGAUGAAGCACAGGGAUUCUUGACAGACAUCGAUCAUCACCUCUGGUCAGCUGGAAAGUACUCAGACUCUCAAAUUCGACAAAUUUUACUGCAUAUGUCUGCUAAACAAGUUCACCGCGUUACUGCAGACGCGACUGGUGAGCUAUCAGCUCCAGCAAGCGGAAGCAUUAUUCCUUGGGACAAGCGCGAUCACAUGGAACGUUUGAAAGAAACUACAAUCAAAACCGAAACGGACGAUUCUACUUGUUACGAGCGAUUCGAGAGAUACGUUGCCACUCAGCGAUUAUUGGAAGCUCAAGAAGAUGCAACUGCAUGUCGAGUUCAUCAUCUAAAUAGAGACGACGGGCGGAUGAUUGUUUUCCAUAAUCCAGUCGGUCAAGGUGCUAACAAGAAUCAGAACUUUGAAAGUUGGUGCGAAAAGGUCGUGUCGAAGUGUAGAUUCAGGCACUGGAUAGAACACAUUGAACCAGAAGUCGACGAGUGGCUUGCUGAGUGGGAAAGUCAGAAGAUCAAGGCGAAACAGGAGCAAGAAAGACUCAUCCAAGCUCAGCUUGAAGCAGAGAGAGUGUUAUCUGCCUCCGCCUUACAGGAAAGCGAAAUGAACACUUUAGCUGCAUAUGUUAUUCCUGGAUCUCUCAAGGCUCAAGCACGUGACAAGGCUUUAGAAGCGUCUGCUCCAGCACUUGAAAAGAAGAAAUCUUCGCGAAAAUCAUUGAAAAAAGAUUCUCGUCCGGAAUCAAAGAAGAAAUCUUCGCGAUCAUCUUCAAAAGCAUCAGUCGGCCGAAACACGCCAAAGCCUGAAAUCAAAAAAGAUGACGAUCCAUUUCCUCAGUACAAAAGUUACAAUCUCAAAGAGCGCAUUUUCGCAGCGAAUGGACAACAACGAAGGAUUUUCACAAGUGAUGGUGGUUAUGUUUCCAUAAAGCAGUCUGGUUUCAGUGAUGUUGCGAACGACUUAAUGAUAAAAAUCCGGCAGAAACGCAACACAGUGACUUACUAUCAGCAAAGACCAAGGGACAUUCGCAAUUGGAAUCCCGAGGAACAAAAACGCCCAUCAUCUGCGUCUUCAAACAGCACUCAAAUUUCCAGCACUUCCUCGUCUCUCGCUGAGCUCAUUCCACCAGCUACAUUUUCAUCUAUUUCAGCCGUCCUAAACGAUGGUAUUUCUCUUGCAUAUUCAGUUUGUGGAGAUGGUGGUCGACCAAAGCACAUUGAUGUCGAGGAUAAGAUUGAAGAUCGUCGUUUCAGAUACAAAUUGAUCGACGAAGAAGCCGCAGCGAGAGAGGCCUCAAAAUCUCCAAAAGGAAAGAAAGCAAGUGCAAAGCCGAAGAAUGAAAAAAGUGAGGACGUCAUUGAUGCUACACCUGAGCCGGUUGCAGAGCCUGAAAAAGAAGAAAAACUUCAGCAAUUGUAUAUGUCAACUCCAGAUGGAACGCACUUACGUUUCGGAAUACAUGAUGGCAAGAUUUUUGUCCGCCUGCUGAGAGAUCAUGAUAAGGAGUUCGAAAGGUUGGUGAUGUUUGAGGGCAUCCACAGAAAGCUGAAAUCAGGGGAGCAAGAGCACCUUCACAAGGAUGGCAGUGUGACUUACUUCGAUGAGAAGUCGAAGGAGAAGUUUAUAAAACGCGAUGGCACUUCAGAGGGAUGCAAAAAGAUUCUCGCAUACACAUCCAGUGAUCCCACUACUAAUGAUCGAAUGUUCGUUCGAUCAGAUGGACUAACCAUCGUCAAGCGUCAAUUUGACGAGAUUAUCCAGUACCCAGAUGGAACGAGAGUAACCAAGACUGACUCCGACGUUCAAGUUGAAAAGCCAGGUUGGCCAUGCAUACUUUUUGAAGAAAAUGCUGAGAAGUGCAUGAUCGUGAUGGCGAACGGAACCUAUGUCCAAAUUACUGCUGCGGGCCGUUAUCAGAUGUCGCACUCAUCUGGCGCGUAUUUUACUCUUGAAGAAGAUGGAACUUUCGUUUUCUCCGCAGAGCAAAGCGGAUACGCAACGCAUAUCAUCAGACAAAUGGAUCCAACUGCGCUUGAAAUCAUCGAACCUGAUGGUUUGAAAACUAUUCAGGUUUCAAAUAUUGGAAAAACAGCCAUCAUUCACAACGAAGACAACGAAGAAUCCGAAGAGCGUCCGAUAACUGAAGAUAAUUACAGCCCUCGAGAUCGUAUAUUCUACGUGAGAUCGAAGGAUCAAGUUUAUGAGUUCUUGGAUCACGAUUGCGCGAAGCACGAUAUUGAAAGUAUUCAAGAGGAUCCUAUGAGCGCAGCUUUGCACCAGCAAGUUCCAGAAGCACCAAAUGAGAAAGCGGUCACUUUGUUAACUCCUCAAAUGAGAGCGCCAAGUUGGUCUAUUCACAGUUAUCAAGAAGAAACACUCGUACCUCCGUAUUUGCGUCAGCACAAUUUGAGGAAAUGUGGCAGCGGCGAUACUCGAAACGGUCAUCUUACUGCAGAUGACGAUCAGAACGCCCCUCAGCCACCAAUGCUGAAAAUAAGGUCGAUUGUUGUAAAUGAAACAGUCACGGCGGAGAUGAAAAAAUUUGUUGCUGAGAAAAUGGAUCAAGUUUACGACGAAAUACAAGCUAGAAAACUCGAAGAGCUACCGAAAGUUGCCUCCGAUAUUGCUAUUGUCAUUGAACGUGAGCGUUCAGAUCUACUGGAGAGAUUCUUAAAGCUUUCUUGCGAAACUGAUACAGCAACUUUGAGGGCACAUUGGAUCGCACAAACGCGAACACCAAGUCCACAACCUCAAGCUCCACUUCUGAAAAAGAUGACCGACGAAGACUGGAAACGCGUUCAAGAUGAGAGGGAAGAAUAUCGCCGAAAUCUGAAAGCACUCAAAGAAAAGAGAAUACCGAAUUACUGGGAAUCAGAGGAUGGCAAGAGAUUUUUAGAAGUUUUGAGCAAAACAGGCGGCUGUGCUAAGGCAGCUGCCAAGCUUCCUCCUCCGGAAAAGCAAGCCAAACCAUCAGAUACCCCUCCAGCGACUCCUGCUGAGUCGAAUCGCGCCAAGUCUCGGCCCGCAUCUGCAAGAUCAGUAUCAACACCUCUUCCUCCUCUUGAAAAACGAAAACCACCGAUUAUUCUUCCACGGUCGAUGGGUCGUGAGGAGCUCAUCCAACAGCAAGUAGAGAUGGAGAAAAUCGUUGGCUACAAGCAUCCUUUUGGAAUGUGGGGAUAUCGGUGCGACUUCAAUCCCGGAAGUCUUGAUUUGGGUGAUUUGAUCGAGGGCAAAACAUAUAGACGCGUGGUUCAAUUGCAAAACUCAGGAUUUUCAAAGCUUAGCUUUAAAAUACUGUCUCCCUCGUUAACUGGGCUGACGGCGAAGUACAAAAUCGGGCCGCUAGCACCAGGAUUGUCCGCCAAAAUUGAGGUUAUCUUCAAAGCAAGCGGCGAGAAGGCUACUCUAAGGGAAGAUGGCGUCUACGACUUUGUCAACCAUUUAACUCUGGAAAAGCCGAUUGGCGAAAAGGAUGGUAUUCCACAGAUUGAAGAUUAUAUCAAACUUCAAGUCGCUGCUCGUAUCAUACCGCUCUCUGAAGUCGAAAGGAGGAACAAAUUGGGCCUUGAAACCGAAAAGCUUGCUAGAAAUGUAACCGUCGUGCCUGAGCCAAAAAAGUUCGACUACAGAAAUUACCAGUAA